AUGUAAUAAUAAGAGAUUGAAUAAGAAUAGUUGUAAAUUCAUGGAAAUUUGAGAUUGAGAUAUGAAUUAAUAGAAAAUAUUUUCAUUUAUAUGGAAACUAACUAGCUUAUAUAAUUUAGAUGUUUGAACAAAUGGGCUGAUCUAAAAAUCCAAGAAAUUUUAAAUAGUAGAUUGAACUAAAUAAAAAAGGAAAUUAAAAAGCUUGAAGUGCUAAAGAAUCCAAUUUUAUAAUAUGUUUAUGGAGAAUUAGCUGGAGAAUUAAACAGUGAAUUUCUUACCAUAAGAAUGAAUAUAAUCAAUGCUGUAAAUAAAAUGGAUUUUUAAUCAUAAAAAUUUAAAGAUGUAUUUGAAAUGAAUCCUGUCGGAAUUAAAAUUUCUAAAUAUCUCAAACUAUUAUUUUAGGUAAUUAUGAAGCUUUAUAAAGAUUCUAAAUCUAGGCAAUUUCAGAGGAAUAAUUUGCAUAAUUACAUUCAAUAUUAGAAAUUGAAAAUGAAUUAUAAGGAAGUCCAAGUCUUUGUUAAGACAUGUACAAUUUAUUUUUAGAUAUUAUCAGGUUACGAUCUAUGAGAUUCAUGAAUGGUAAAAAAUUAUUAUUAUUUAGAAUGGCAUAAAUAAUACAAAAUUGAUAUCAUUUGUGAUGAAUUGAUUGAAAAGUAAUGUUAAAUAGAAGCAAUAUCGGCUCGUAUCAGGUAGACUUAAAUAGAAAAAAUUUUUUUAAAUAUAUGA